AUGGCCAACGAAUUGCCUGAAGAAUUGGUGACAGAGAUUCUGCUAUACCUUCCCGUCGUCUCUCUCUUGCGAUUCAAUUGCGUCUGCAAAUCCUGGUACGCUCUCAUUACUCACCAAAACUUCAUCAGAAAACACCUCCUACACAACAAGAACAACAACACCCGCCUCUUUCUCUUGCAAGACGAAACUACCAGAGAUAUAGUUGUGUCCACGCUUUCUUAUGAAACACUCCAAGUAUCCUUUACACAACCUCUACCUCUACCGUUUACUGAGGUCAGUAACUUCGUGGGUUCUUGCGAUGGUCUUGUUUGUCUCUGCGAUUACAAUGCAUUGAAUGUUGUCAUAUGGAACCCUGCAACUAAAGAAACAAAGGUUGUCCCCAAUUCAAGCCUGUCCCGCUUCUCCAAUGAUUAUCGUAUCAAGUCUGGUAUCGGAUUUGGUUUUGAUGCCAAAACUAGUGACUACAAGAUAAUAAAAUUUUUUAGUCUCUUUGGUUUUGACUAUUAUGAAAGCCAUGUCCCCGGUCAUAAAUUAAGUGAGGUAUAUAGCUUAAGUGUCGAUUCUUGGAGAAAAGUUGAUAGCCGCCCAGGUUUAAUUAAUGUUAAAGCUAUUGAUACAUACAUCAAUGGGAUGGCUUCUUGGGAGGCAUUUGAUUUUGAUGAUGAUUGGGAGGGGGUUUUGUCAUUUGACAUGAGCGGCGAGGUAUUUCUAAAAACACCGCUGCCGGAUGAUGUUUUGAAUAGUGCUGGUUGGAGAAAAAACUUUUUUGUGUUGAGUGAAUCGAUUGCUAUGGCGUUUCGGAGUUUGAAGGAAGAAUGGUUGGGGCUUUGCUGGGAUAUAUGGUUGUUGCUUGAAGUUGGUGUUAAAGACUCCUGGACUAGGCUUUUCACUGUUGGACCAAUUACAGGAAUUGAACUACCCUUACCAUUUUGGCGAUUGGGAGGACUCGUAACAUUUUGGAAGAAUGACGCCAUGUUCUGCAGAACAAAUGACGGAUUGGUCUUGUACAACCCCUUUACCAAAGAAAGGACUAAUCUCCCAAUUCAGAGCUAUAGCUGCUCGAUUACUUACAUGGAGACCCUAGUUUCUGUCAAGGGAGGAAAUGAAUUUUAA